ACAGGAGUUCGGCUAUUAGAGUGUUGUCUCGUGGUUGUAGGAGGGAGCGUGUGUUUAUCCUAGUCAAAUCUGUUCUUGGUGGAAGUUUGCUGUCAACAUGAAGAGGUGGUGGCUAGUGGCAGCGCUUUGCGCUCUUUUGGCAUUUACUUCAGUUUGUGCAGAUGAGGAUGUUGAUAUUGAUAGUACAAUUGAAGAGGAUCUGGGGAAAAGUAGGGAUGGGUCCAGGACGGAUGAUGAGGUUGUUAAAAGAGAAGAGGAGGCAAUCCAACUAGAUGGCCUGAAUGCUGCUCAGAUAAAAGAACUUAGAGAAAAAUCAGAGAAGCACGUUUUUCAGGCUGAAGUUAACAGAAUGAUGAAAUUAAUUAUUAACUCUUUAUACAAAAAUAAGGAGAUUUUCCUCCGGGAACUUAUUUCCAAUGCCUCUGAUGCUUUGGAUAAGAUUAGACUGCUGUCUCUCACAGAUGAUGCUGCCCUCUCUGGUAAUGAGGAGCUGACAAUAAAAAUUAAGUCUGAUAAAGAGAAGAACAUACUGCAUAUAACUGACACAGGAAUAGGAAUGACGAAGGAUGAGCUGGUGAAGAAUUUAGGCACCAUUGCAAAAUCUGGAACAAGCGAGUUCUUGAACAAGAUUACAGAGAUGCAGUCUGAAGGUCAAUCCACAUCUGAGCUUAUUGGACAGUUUGGGGUUGGUUUCUACUCUGCCUUCCUUGUGGCUGACAAAGUUGUUGUUGCAUCUAAGCACAACAAUGACACACAGCACAUCUGGGAGUCUGAUUCUAAUGAAUUUUCAGUAAUUGAAGAUCCUCGUGGCACCACACUGGGCCGUGGUACCACUAUCACGCUUGUAAUGAAGGAAGAAGCAUCAGAUUUCCUUGAACUUGAAACCAUCAAGAAUUUGGUGAAGAAAUAUUCCCAGUUUAUCAACUUCCCUAUCUAUGUCUGGUCUAGCAAGACUGAAACUGUGGAAGAACCCAUUGAAGAUGAGACAGAAGAGCAAGAGAAAAAAGAUGAGGUGGAGACAGAUGAAGAAGCUGAAGUAGAGGAGGAAGAAGAACACAAAGAAAAAGCCAAAACUAAAAAAGUUGAAAAAACAGUCUGGGAUUGGGAGCUGAUGAAUGAUAUAAAACCUAUCUGGCAGAGACCACCUAAAGAAGUUGAAGAGGACGAGUACAAAGCAUUUUAUAAAACCUUCUCUAGAGAUUCUGAAGAUCCAUUGAGUUUCAUCCACUUUACAGCUGAAGGUGAGGUGACCUUCAAAUCUAUAUUGUUUGUGCCUAGUGUUGCUCCAAGAGGACUUUUUGAUGAAUAUGGUUCAAAGAAGAAUGAUUUCAUAAAGCUUUUUGUCCGUAGAGUAUUUAUCACAGAUGACUUCCAUGAUAUGAUGCCCAAAUACCUGAAUUUCAUUAGAGGUGUGGUUGACUCUGAUGAUCUUCCUCUAAAUGUAUCUAGAGAAACAUUGCAGCAACAUAAAUUGCUAAAGGUUAUACGCAAGAAACUUGUACGCAAAACUCUGGAUAUGAUCAAGAAGAUUGCAGAUGAUAAAUACAAUGACAAAUUUUGGAAAGAGUUUGGAACCAACAUUAAGCUUGGUGUAAUUGAGGACCACUCCAAUAGAACACGUCUAGCCAAACUGCUGCGAUUCCAGACUUCUCACAGCGAGACUGUGCUUAGCAGUCUUGAAAGUUAUGUUGAACGCAUGAAAGAAAAACAGGACAAGAUCUACUUUAUGGCUGGCACAAGCAGGAAAGAGGCAGAAUCCUCACCUUUUGUUGAGAAGCUGUUGAAAAAGGGAUAUGAAGUGGUUUAUUUAACAGAGCCAGUUGAUGAGUACUGCAUUCAAGCUCUCCCUGAAUUUGAUGGAAAGAGAUUCCAGAAUGUUGCAAAAGAAGGUCUGAAAUUUGACGAAAGUGAAAAGGCAAAGGAGAAGAGGGAAGCUUUAGAAAAAGAGUAUGAGCCUCUCGCCACCUGGUUGAAGGAUACAGCUCUCCAUGACAAGGUUGAGAAGGUUGUGCUGUCCCAGAGGCUCACGGACUCUCCUUGUGCUCUAGUUGCAAGUCAGUAUGGAUGGUCUGGAAAUAUGGAAAGGAUCAUGAAAGCACAGGCUUACCAGACUGGCAAAGACAUUUCUACAAAUUACUAUGCCAGUCAGAAAAAGACUCUGGAGGUUAACCCUAGACAUCCCCUUAUUAAGGAACUUUUGAAACGUGUACAGGAAAAUAAGGAAGACCAGACUGCUUCAGACAUGGCUGUUGUAUUAUUUGAGACUGCCACUCUUCGUUCAGGUUACCAGCUAGUGGAUACCAAAGCAUAUGGUGAAAGAAUUGAAAGAAUGCUGAGGCUUAGCAUGAAUGUAGACCUCAAUGAGAAGGUUGAGGAUGAACCUGAAGAGGAGCCAGAAGAUGUAGCUGAAGAAAAUGAAGAUGACACAGCAGAUGAAGAGGAGGUCACAGAAGACACUAACGAACAGCCUUCAAGUGAAAAAGACGAAUUGUAAAGCACUGAAGUAUUAUGGGACUGGGUUUGGCUCUUGUACACAGUUGGAAGCAGUGCAUUCACCAACUAUGUCAUGACAUGUUCAGGACUCUGCACUUUUUGGGGCUGGAAACGAAGGGGCUCAAGAGGGUUUUUUAAGCUGUGUGUUUUUGUUUUUGUUUUUUACAUUCCUCUUGAAUUGUAAAUUUUGUUAAUAUUUAACUGACAAUGUCUUCAAAGUGAACCAUUAAAUGUUUCCAAAAACUU